AUGGCAGGCGAAUCUGAUGACAGCUUCCUGCAGUAUCACGAACCUGGGAUUAUCCAGCUGCUGAUUCUGAUUUCCUUCUUCUUCUUCCUCUCCCUGGCGCAGUGGGCAUCCGGCAAGAUCUUCAAGGCUGGCCUGAUCGGACAGAUCAUCGUCGGUCUGCUAUACGGGAGGCCCGUCGGCAACAUCCUGCCGCAGGAAUGGCAAAAGUCGUUUGUCGACCUAGGCUACAUCGGCCUGAUCCUCAUCAUCUUCGGCGGCGGCCUGACGGUGCGGCUCGACCUCCUCAAGAAGAACUUUGUGCCGUCGUUGGCAGCCGCCACCAUCGGGGUCCUGACGCCCAUCGGCCUUUGCUACGGCCUCUUGUAUGCGGGCUUUGGAUACAAUGCCGUCGAGACCUUUAUCAUAGGCGCCGCCCUCUCGACCACGUCGCUGGGCACCACGUUUGUCGUCAUUGGCCGCGCCGUCAAGGGAACCGACUUCUCCCAGACGCGCAUUGGCACCAUCCUCAUUAGCGCCGCCGUCUUCGAUGACGUCUCGGGCCUGAUCAUGGCAAGCAUCAUCCGCAAUCUCGGAUCGAGCGGCUCCAUAAAUAUCGGCUGGCUGAUCGGCCGCCCCAUCGUGGCCAGCGUCGCCAUGGGAGUCGCCUCGCCACUACUCGCCAAGUUUGUCCUAGGCCCCCUGUUCCGGCGAUACGUCGAACACCACUUUGUGCGCUUUAAGCACGUGUCUAACAUCGUCCUGAUGGUGCUGGUGCUGUGCACCUUCAUCUCUAUUUCCGCCUUUGCCGGCGCCUCGGUGCUGUACGGCUCCUUUCUGGCCGGCACGUUCCUCUCCAGCCUUCCCUGCAUCCAUCCCGACGCCCCGUUUAUGGUUCUCAGCCGCGAGCACGGCGAGACGGCCCCGGGCAAGACGCCCAACUUUACGCACACGUUUGAAAAAUACGUCCUUGGCGCCCAGACGUACAUCCUCGAGCCUAUGUUCUUCGCCAGCAUCGGCUUCGCCAUUCCCUUUAAGUCCCUCUGGACCGGCGAGGCCGUCUGGAAGGGCCUCGUCUUCAGCAUCCUCAUGGUCUUGGGCAAGGCCGUCGUCGGCGCCGUCGUGCCCGUGUGGGAGGUGGCGGCUCGGCAGCCACGGGAAAAGGAGGUGUCGCUGGCCAAGGCGACCUGGCGGCCUGCGACGCUCCUUGGCAUGGCCAUGGUCGCGAGAGGCGAGAUCGGCCUGCUCAUCAUCCAAAUCGGCCUCAACGAGACUGAUUUUAUGUCCAAGGACGCAUUUGUCACGGCCGCAUGGGCCAUCGUGCUCAAUACCAUCCUGGGCCCUGUGUGCGUUGGCUUUCUUCUCAAGUACCACGGGCAGACCAUUACCACGGACCCGAGAUGGGGGAUUCAGGAGCAUCGAGUGGCCGCGGGCCAACCCGACACCGAAACCGACGAAUCGCCCAAGCGCCGGUGGUUGGACCGGAGAUAUAGCCGCCGCAUGAGCCAGCUGCCGAGUUCGGUUUCACAGACGACACAGAGCAGCGAGCAUGUUGAGGAGGUAUAG